GCCUGGCUUCCGGGGGCCGCCAUGUUGGAAUCUCAGAGUCCCAGCCAUGGCUUCCAGGAUCGGAAUCCGAGCGAGAGCCCGACCGCCUCCGCCGUGCCCAUGUUGGAAGUGCGGCCAGGGCUGUACCUGGGUGGAGCCGCGGCCGUGGCGGAGCCGGACCACCUCAGAGAGGCGGGGAUCACGGCCAUCCUGACGGUGGACUCGGAGGAGCCCGGGUUCAAGGCGGGGGCUGGGGUCGAGGGUCUGCGGAGCCUCUUCGUGCCGGCGCUAGAUAAACCCGAGACUGACUUGCUCAGCCACCUGGAUCGGUGCGUGGCCUUCAUCGGCCAGGCCCGCACUGAGGGCCGUGCAGUGUUGGUGCACUGUCAUGCAGGAGUCAGUCGAAGUGUGGCGAUAGUGACAGCUUUUGUGAUGAAGAAUGACAAGCUUAGCUUUGAAGAAGCCUACGAGAACCUCCAGACCAUCAAACCAGAGGCUAAGAUGAACGAAGGGUUUGAGUGGCAACUGAAAUUAUACCAGGCAAUGGGAUAUGAAGUGGAUACCUCUAGUGCGAUUUAUAAGCAAUAUCGUUUACAAAAGGUUACAGAGAAGUAUCCAGAAUUGCAGAGUUUACCUCAAGAACUCUUUGCUGUUGACCCAACCACUGUUUCACAAGGACUGAAAGAUGAAGUUCUCUACAAGUGUAGAAAGUGCAGGCGAUCCUUAUUUCGAAGUUCAAGUAUUUUGGGUCACAGUGAAGGAAGUGGACCAUUAGCUUUUGCCCACAAGAGAAUGGCACCAUCAUUCAUGCUUGCUACAGGGACUCAAUGUACAUCUUAUUUCAUUGAACCUGUACAGUGGAUGGAAUCUGCUUUGUUGGGAGUGAUGGAUGGGCAGCUGCUUUGUCCAAAAUGCAGUGCCAAAUUGGGUUCCUUCAAUUGGUAUGGUGAACAGUGCUCAUGUGGAAGAUGGAUAACACCUGCUUUCCAAAUACAUAAGAACAGAGUGGAUGAAAAGAAAAUGCUGCCAGUUUUGGGAUCACAAACAAGAAAAAUAUGAACUUGUGACAUCUGCUAUCUUGGAAGGAACCUUGCUGAAGAUACAUGCUGCCCUGGCUUUCAGUUACUGCAGGUUGUUUGUUUGUAGGCCAUCAACAUUUCAAUUGCAGUGUGAAAGGGAAAAAUCCCAUGAAGUAACCUGGAAACUGCCCUGUUAUUAGGUUAUUACGUGAUGUAAGUAGAAUACAUAGCAAUCAAAGUUUUUUAGUCAUAUAAAUUUUAUAUGAUAGUAAAAUCUUUUAUGAUACUAACACUUCAUUUGUUUCAUGUUUUUAAAAGUCAUGAUUUAUUUAUUUAAUUUGAAAGGCAGACAGAGACAAAGAUCUCCCGUCUGUUGGUUUAUUCUCCAGACGCUUGCAGUAUCUGGAACUGGGCCAAGCCGAAUCCAAGAGCCAGAAACUCAAUCCAUGUCUCCCAUAUUAGUGGCAGAAUCGUCACCUGCUGCUUUAGCCUGCAUUUGCAGGAAGAUGGAAUAGGAAGUGGAGCUAGAACUCUAACUGAGGCGCUCUGAUACGGGAUGGGGGAGGUCUCCUGUGGCAUCUUAACCACUAUGCCAAAUGCUGCCCUGAAACUUAAUUCCAGUUUUCCAUGAGUUUUUUGAAGUACCCUCGUAUUUUGAAAUUUUGCUUUCUCUCUUUUAAGGAAAAUUAGCAAGCCUAUUUAUGUCUAGAUUUUUCUUAUAAAUGUAAAAAAAAGGCUAUUAGUAAAACAGAAUAUGUUUUUCCUGUUCAGAAAUUCCAAUUAUCUGCAGGUUUUUUUUUUUUUUUCUUAAGUUUAUUUAUUUGAAAGGCAGAGUGAAACAGUGAAAGAUAGAGAUCUUCCAUCUGUUGGUUCAUGCUUCAAAUGCCUAUAGCAGCUGAGGCUUGGCCAGGAUGAAGCAUGGUGCCUGAAACUCCAUCUGGGUCUCCAGCAUGGGUAGCAGGGACCCAAGGACUUGAACCAGCACGUGCUGUGCAUGAGCAGGAAGCUGGAAGUAGAAGCACAGCCAGGACUCAUCCAGGCAUUGAUACAGGAUGGGUAGCUUAACCUACUGUGCCACCGCGCCCACUCCAAUAAAUAUUUUAUCUACAUUUUUAGAAAAGUGUGUUUGAGAUACCUCUUAAAGCAAUCUACAUAAAGAAAUACUUUAAUGUUAGGUGUGUCUUAAUAAUUGAGAUUAAUAUGGAAUUACAUGUCAGUUACUCUUUUAGUCUAAUACAUUUGAGUAUUGGAAAAAGUAAUAAAUCUAGAUCAACUUUGUAACCUGAUUUCUGGAAACUAGAAUUGUACUCACUAUUAAUAGGGCAAAUUGGACCUAAAUUGGUAUUUUGAACAUAUACAUGAAAUCAGAAUUAGCUAAUAAAGAGGAAUAUGUGUCUGUAUCAUAAAUACUAAAAUGGGAAUAAUUUUUAAAUGUAAAAUAAGGUGUAAAUAAUGAACUUCUUAGUAUCUAGAAUAGUGGCUGGCCCUGUUGCAUGGUGGGUAAAGCUGCCACCUGCAGGGCUGGCAUCCUGGCUGCUCUACUUCUGAUCCAACUCCCUAAUAAUGCGCCUGGGAAAGCAGCAGAAGAUGGCCCAGGUUCUUGGGCUCUUGCAACCACAUGGGAGACCCAGAUGAAGCUCUUGGCACCUGGCUUUGGCCUGGCCCAGACCUGGCCGUUGUGGCCAUUUGGGGAGUGAAUCAGUGAAUGUAAGACCCCUCUUUCUGCCUCUGUUUCUCCCUCUCCUUCUCUGUUACUCUUUCAAAUAAAUAAAUCUUUUUUAAAAAAUCUA